AAAACAUUCGGAAAUCUUCGGGAAAUCUGCGAUCGUGCGGACAGUGUGAACAGCACAAUUCUCAAGGCUACCCGAUGCUGUGCCUUAAAACAGGCGUGUGAUGUGGCAAAGAAAUCUGGCGCUAGCGAAAGUUGUGCCAAGUCAAUCAGUAGCUGCUCCUUAUUUGACUUCUGGUAGCUGCAGUUUGAGGUUUGAUGUGCAACGGCUUAAACAGAUUAGUUAACCAUCGUAUUCCCAGUCUGGCACCGCAUCUUGGAAUCUGAAAGACAACUUUCCUGUCUCUAAAAGCGCCGCCAAACCUUUAGGAUGCACCUAAUAUGGCUUGCCAUUGCAGUAGGGUUACAUUUUGUGCCCCUUUCCAUCGCAGGCGAAUCAGAUUUGCUUGUGUUAACUGUUGCUACACAAGAGACAGAUGGUUUCAAACAGUUCAUGCAUUCAGCUAAAAAGUACAAUUUAACUGUAAAGGUGCUUGGCUUGGGAGAAGAGUGGAGAGGAGGUGAUGUCAAGAAGUAUGCAGGUGGUGGCCAAAAAGUGAACUUGUUAAAGAACGCAUUAGAAAAAUACAAAAGAGAUGAUUCUCGUCUUAUUAUGUUUACAGACAGUUAUGAUGUAGUCUUCACUGCUGGUGAGGAUAUCAUCCGGGAUCGCUUCUCUAAAUUUGAAGCCAGAGUUGUUUUCUCUGCAGAAGGCUUUUGCUGGCCUGACAGCUCAUUAAAGGACAAGUAUCCACCAGUGAAAGGAAGUGAGAAGAGGUUCUUGAAUUCUGGCGGUUUUAUCGGUUAUGCCAAGGAACUGUAUGAAAUUGUGCACUACAGCUCACUGAAUGAUGAUGGAGAUGAUCAAGGAUACUACACAAUGAUAUACCUGGAUCGAGCACUCAGGGGCAAAUGGAACAUAAAGCUGGACACAAGAUCAGAAAUAUUUCAAAACUUAAAUGGAGCUCUUGGUGACAUAACUUUAAAAUACAUCGGGAAUCACAGCUACUUGUACAACAUUGUAACUGGCACUUCACCCAUUGUCAUACAUGGCAAUGGGCCAAUUAAGGUGGAAUUUAACAGAUUAGCCAACUAUCUUGCUGAUGGCUGGACAACUACUUCUGGAUGCCUGUCUUGUAAAGAAGACACCAUUUCUUUAGAAGGCAUAAAGACCCAGGAUUACCCAACUGUUCUAGUGGGACUGUUUUUAGAGCAGCCUACGCCAUUUAUAAGAGAGUUUUUCCAGCACAUAGCAGCUCUCAACUAUCCAAAAAAUAAGAUUGACAUGUAUAUCCACAAUAAGGAAGAAUUUCAUCGUGGUGAUGUGACACGCUUUGUUUCUGAGCAUGGUACAGAAUACAACUCAGUGACACAAAUUUCACCAUCUGAUAACAUUGGAGAAGCUAUGGGCCGUAACUGGGCUCUGGAGGAAUGUGUCAAAAAGAGCUGUCAGUAUUUUUUCUCAGUGGAUGCGGUUGCGCAGCUAACUGAUGUUGAUGUGCUCAAAGCUCUCAUCCAGCAAAACAGGUCCAUUAUUGCGCCAAUGCUUACUCGACCUGGAAAGUUGUGGUCAAAUUUUUGGGGUGCCUUGUCCAACAAAGGUUACUAUGCUCGUUCUGAGGACUACAUGGACAUCGUUGAAGAAAAAAAAAUUGGACUGUGGAAUGUACCAUUUGUUACAAAUACAUACCUUGCACAGGGCCACAUCAUCAGAAGUCUUCGCAAUGCCUACACUAACAAUCAGGAUUUGGACCCUGAUAUGUCUUUCUGUCAAAAUGCCAGAGACUUGGGUUACUUCAUGUAUGUCACAAACCAAAAGCACUAUGGCCAUCUCGUAAACCCAGACAACUUUGAAACGAGUCACCUUUUCAAUGACAUGUACAAUAUGUUUGAAAACCCUACUGAUUGGGAGUCGAAAUAUAUUCAUCCAAAUUACUCUGCUACACUUCAGAAAGGCACAGAGAUAGAGCAGCCCUGCCCCGAUGUGUACUGGUUUCCAAUUGUAUCAGAAACUUUCUGCGAUGAGUUUGUUGCCACAAUGGAAGCCUCAGGAAAAUGGUCUAAUGGAGGACAUAGUGAUCCUAGACUGGCUGGAGGUUAUGAGAAUGUCCCUACAGUAGACGUCCACAUGAAUCAAGUUGGUUUUGAGCGUCACUGGCUGCAUUUUCUGGCCACAUAUGUACGACCUGUGCAGGAGAGUGUUUUCACAGGAUACUUUCAUAAUCCUCCACAUGCUAUCAUGAACUUCAUCGUACGUUACAAACCAGAUGAGCAAGCUUCCCUAAGACCACAUCAUGAUUCAUCGACAUACACCAUCAACAUUGCUCUAAACUCCCCUGGUGUGGACUUUGAAGGUGGAGGUUGCAGGUUUAUCCGCUACAACUGCAGCAUCACUUCUCCGAGAAAGGGCUGGAUGUUCAUGCAUCCGGGAAGGCUGACUCACUACCAUGAAGGAUUGACCACCACGAAGGGAACUCGUUACAUAAUGGUUUCCUUUGUUGAUCCAUAAGUAAAGGGCGAUAUACAUCAAAAUCAGUUAAACUGUUAAUUGAAAUGACAUAAUGAUCAGGUAUACUCACUCACAUCUGAUGUAUUAAGCCAAAAUCUUUUUUCAGUUGCUACCUUUUCAAAGUCGAUAAAAAUAAGGAACAUGAUGGUGGUGGGAGAAGUAAUAAUCAAAAUUUUUAGAAACAGCGUCAUACAGAUAUUAUAAAAUUGUGUAUGUAGUUUUCUGUUUCGAAGGCAGGCUUCCACGUUAUUGUAUUGAAGAAAAUGUCAUUAAAAUAGUUUGACAGUCUAAUUGAGAAGAGGGAAACAGAUUUGUAAGCAAGGGUUCAUAACCUAGAAAGUGGUAUUAGUCGGAUUUUUGUGGAUGCAGUUGAUAGACUGUCGUCUCAGACCCUGCCACAGUUAAACAGGUCAUUGAUUUUUAUGUGCAAUGUUAAUGGUGCUAUGGAUGUUGGGGGAAGUGGAGAGGAAUCUGCAGUAUUUUUUGUCUUGUUUUUAGCUUUGAACAAGAUGUUGCAACAUGUCUAGAAUGGUCUGAAUAAUUUUGACUCUUAACAUAGCUGCUUCCCUGAUUGCAUCUUCAUUGUGUAUGUUAUAUAGUUCUUAAAAGUGGACCACGACAUUAUAAAAGGUUUCUUAGGGUCUGUAGUUAGUGUUGUUCAUAAGAGGAAGUGGAUGUUCCACUUGAUUAAUUUCCUCCUUAAUGUACGGCUUACUUUAAUCUACUUAUAAAUACUUCCAUGAUGCAAAGCAUUAUUUGGUGCUGCACUGAAAAUAAAUGAUAGCUUUGUAUAUGGUCCUAUUUCAUCUUUAACAUCCUUCUUCCAGAAAAAAAUGAAAAAUUCUGGACAGUAUCUUAAAGGUACACUAAGCAAGAAAAGUAAUCAAAUCAGUCUGGAUUUGCUGUGAAGCAGCUUAAAUGAAUAAUGUGUGCUAAUGUUAUUGCAGCCUUAAAGUGUGAAUGCCUUUUGGCAUGUUUGUUAAUUUAGUUGUAGUCUCAACAAUGAAUAAAAAGUAAGAUUGUUAGUCUGCAUCUUAGUCUUUGUUUGAUUGGUAAGCAGCCAUUUUUAUAUUAUGUCUACUUUUCAGAUUAUCAUGUACAGCUAUCUUUCAUAAAAGCUUUAACAUAUGUUGUUCCUUUGAAUUUUUGUCAUGUUUACAUAUUUUCAAAAGCUUUUUAUCAUGGAUUAUGAGUGCUUGACAGUUUGCUGGAUGACAGUGACUGAAGGGCAACUUGCAACCAUAUUCUUAUUUAGCAGUUUAUUUUAGAUUAACUUAAUGAAUGUCUGUUCUCAUUUUUAUGUCUUUUUGAACUGAAAUAGAUGUAGUGACAGUUGACAAUUUAUUAGUAAUCAAGAGUUUCAUUUAUAAACUGAUAUUUGUAAAUAUUUUAUCAUCGAAAAAACAUUGCUAAUGGUCUGUUGAAACUGCACCUGUACAAUUUGGCUUGAAUGAUUUCAUGUGUGUGGGGAUUCAGUAAACUUUUGUUUUCAUUUACAGAAGGUUUUCCGUCCAUCAGCUUCACGAUCUUAAUAAAAUUGAAUUUUAAGAA